AUUUUAACGUGUUUCGAUGCGUUUUUGACUCUUUCUGUCAUCUACAAACUCUUUUGAGUGUCAUCUUCUGCGCGAGCACGGAAUAAACAGUCUGAUGUCUGAUAUUUUACUAUGGUAUUAUUUGAUUAAAAGAAUGACUGAUCUGUGAGGCUUAAGUCUAUUAGCAUUUAGUCCACUUCUCUUCAGACCUUUUCACCAGUUCAUACUGAUUUCGGCUGGACAUUUCUCAAAUGGACCUCCAUCGGACUGCCUUUAAGAUGGAGAACUCCUCCUACAUGCCUGGCCCGCUGACCUCCCCGGCCCUUAUGGUCCUGGCCUCAACAGCCGAAGCUGGACGUGAUGCCUCGGUACCCUGCCAGCCACACCGGCCGUUUGGAGUGCCGGUCACUUUGGAAAAAGACAUUCAUCUCCCAUUCCCCAGUGGUUCUUACACCUUCGCCUCCAUGUACCAUCGGCAAGGAGGUUUUCCUCCUCGAGACUUCCCCACUCCUCUUCUCCACCUUCAUCCACAGUUUGCUCCGCACAACCUGGACUGCUCACCACUGGGUAUGCUUAACCACGGAGGCGUAGGGGCCUUCCGGCCGUUCUCAUCCCCACCUGAGGAGCGUGAUGGAGGGGGAUACCAUUCCGCUUUCCUCCCUGCCAAGCGUUUAAAGGGCUGUCUGGAACCAGAGGCAACACUCCACCUUCGCUACACAGAUGUGGAGGUGAAAGAGUUUGACUUUGGGGGUUCUCAUGUGCCGGCCGGUUGUCCGAGUGCACAGAAGGUAUCUGAGGAUGUUGGAAAGAAGCUCUUCAGCUUGUCCGGGCUGAUAGCAAAUGCGCAGACUUCUUCCGGCACAGAGGAGCACAAAGAAUCAAGUAAAGUGAAGAGCGUGUAUGAUGCUCAGACACCCAUGUGUCCGAUCUGUCAGGCUGUGCUGCGGCCGAGAGAGCUACAGGAACACAUGGAGCAGGAAAUGGAGCGUCUUAUGCAGCUACACAACAGUCAGGGUCCCGCUCAAAAGGAGUUUCUCUCCGCUGGGCCGCCUAAGUCUCUGUUCUCUAUGCAUAUAAAGAGAGAAGGUUCUUCGUCCGCUUCCUCUCCGCGGCCCGCCGAUGAGGCUGUGCACUCUGACAGGUACCAGACGUUUUUGCGAGUACGAGCAAACAGGCAAACACGACUCAAUGCACGCAUCGGAAAACUGAAAAGACGGAAAGCAGAGGAAGAUCAGAGAGACGGUCUGAGUUGCAUUGAGGAUGGCUCUGUGCUGUCAGCCGGCAGUGAGUUUGAAUGGGGAGAACCGAGAAGAAUACAGAUGGUUUCUGUUCUCAAAGGCUUCAGAGGUUUGGUAAGCAGCACGCUGAAGGAUCAUCAGGACAGCGAUGCAGAUCUGGACGUGGAUGGAGAUGAUACUCUUGAAUAUGGAAAAGCACAAUACACAGAAGCAGAUGUGAUUACCUGUUCAGAAAAUCAACCCAGAGAUGCAGAAGAACGGCAGGCGCUAAGAGGAGUUGUUUUAAAUGGAGACACGGCCAGCAGGUUAUCUCCAGAGCAAACAAAGCCAGCCAUCUCAGAAACUCCAACUACAAGUAAUGAAGAGUUUGACAACAAUCCAAGCACAACAUCUCCUAGAACCUGCAAGAACAGCGAGCUAGAGAAGGUAUUGCAUGACCCCUCCCUGGGAACACUUGAGGCACUAAAAACACGGAUCAGAGAUCUAGAGAAGCAGCUCACACGAGGUGACAGAUUCAAGUGUCUCAUAUGUAUGGAUUCAUACACUGUACCUCUGACAUCUAUCCAGUGCUGGCAUGUACACUGUGAGGAAUGUUGGCUUCGCACUCUGGGAGCAAAGAAGCUUUGCCCACAAUGCAACACCAUCACCUCACCUGGAGACCUCAGACGAGUGUAUUUGUGAUGGACCCCUGAGAUAUGGGAGUCAUGUCAUCUGCCUGUUUGCACUCCACACAAACUUUAACCGAACAGAGCCCUUCUGGGACGAUCCA